AUGUCGGGCGCUUUCGAUACUGCUCUCACCAGGGCCUUGGGAAUCAAGGUACCUGUCAUCCAGGGUGGAAUGAUGUGGGUGGGAUAUGCAGAGCUGGCAUCUGCGGUUUCAAAUGCUGGUGGGCUGGGAAUUAUCACAGCUCUCACACAACCAACUCCAGGCGACUUGCGCAACGAGAUCCGACGAUGCAAGAAGAUGACCGACAAGCCUUUCGCUGUGAACCUCACCAUGCUCCCAGCAGUCAACCCACCUCCAUACCAAGAGUACGCCGACGCUAUUAUCGCGGAAGGGAUCAAGAUUGUAGAGACUGCUGGUCUAAUCAAGGAGGUCGUACCCAAACUCAAGAAAGCUGGUAUUACAAUUCUUCACAAGUGCACAACGAUUCGACACUCCCUUGCUGCAAUCAAGAUGGGCGUCGAUUUUCUGUCCAUCGAUGGCUUCGAGUGUGCAGGUCACUGUGGAGAGACUGAUAUCCCAAACUUCAUCCUUGUCUCUCGCGCACGACAGGAACUGGGCAACACACCUUUCAUUGCGUCCGGCGGCUUUGCAGACGGCCAAGGACUUGCGGGCGCACUGGCACUAGGCGCGUGCGGAAUCAACAUGGGCACACGAUUCAUGUGCACUAUCGAGGCGCCAAUCCACCACAACAUCAAGGAGACGAUUGUAAAAGCUGAUGAGAACGAUACCGAGCUUGUCCUCCGAAGGUGGAAGAACACAAAUCGCUUGUUCAAGAAUAAGGUUACCGAUGAAGCUCUGAAGAUUGAGCGAGAGUCGACGACUGGAAAGUUUGAGGAAGUACAACCACUUGUUAGCGGACAAAGAGGGCGACAAGUAUUCCUGAAUGGCGAUCCAGAUUAUGGCGUCUGGACAGCAGGUCUCUGCAUUGGACUCAUCAAAGACAUCCCAACAUGCGAAGUGCUGGUCUCGAGAAUUGAACAAGAAGCGCUCGACACGAUCAACAAGCAACUUUCAUACAUUAAGGAUAAGUCAAAGCUUUAAGUGUAGCUACGAGCCGAAUGCAUUACCAGGUUUAGCGAAUUUGUACAGGCAUCGCAAAGAAACAACACUUAAGCAGUCU